GCUGACAGCCAUCGCUGCAGCCGGACCGAUCAUGGCUUCGCCCGAGAAAGCAUUCUCCUGACGGCUGUGUCGUUUGAAUUGAGUGAGAAAAACAACAAAAAAAACUCAGUUGUUCUCGCUGUAUGCUAACUUUACAGUGGUCUUCCAAACAAGGCCGCUACUUCCGCCGAGCUCAAUGACCUAGGCCAGGCUAACCCCGGUCGCCGUCCUCUUCCGAGUGUUGUUUGUUUUGGUUGGAUUCUUGCCGGAGAUGUCAUCGUGGCUCGGUGGGCUCGGCUCCGGCCUCGGCCAGUCGCUGGGUCAGGUCGGCGGAAGUCUGUCGUCCUUCACCGGGCAGAUAUCAAACUUUACCAAAGACAUGUUACUGGAAGGAGUGGAAGAAGUAGGAGAUGCUGCCACGGAGCUGCAGGUGUCCAAUUCCAAGCUGGCCGAUGUGCAGACUGCGUUUGCCUCCCAGAAGCUUGAGUGUGAAAGGCUGAAAAAGCUCCAGGUUGAGCUUGAGGAGAAGCUGGAGGCCUCGGAGAUCCAAAUCAAGAGACAGUCAGCCGAGUACAGAAGCCUUCUGCAACAGAAAGAUGUGGAGAUCAGUCACCUCAAGGCUCGGCAAAGUGGCCUCCACGAAGAAGUCCAGAAGCUGCAGCGGUCCGCCCAGUCCGCGUCCUCCGGCCCCGCCAUGUUGCCCGUCACCACCGCUUCCUCCUCUGUCACCACGUCGUCCUCCUCCAUGUCUCACCACCAGGGCUUCCACGGCGACGACAUGGACCUCGGUGACGUCAUCUGGUCCCAGCAGGAGAUCAACCGGCUCUCCUCGGAGGUCACACGUUUGGAGGCGGAGGUGGCGCACUGGAAGCGGAUGUCUCAGGCAUCAGCCGCAGCAGCAGGGGCAGGUAACUCGGAUCAGGGUGACAUUAUCAAACUUCAAAGAACCGUAAAGGAACUGAGAGAUGAGAUGAGCCACGAGGUGGACGAGCACCAGCACGAGCUGGCCGCCCUGCAGGACGCCCAGCGCCAGAAGAUGUCGGACCUGAGCCGACGCCACAGGGAGGAGCUGGCCGAGUAUGAGGAGAGGAUAGAGGAGCUGGAGGAGCAGCUGCAGAGCGGCGCCGCUCCUCCAGCCAGCCCCCCGUCAGACUCCUCCAAAGUGCCGGAGCUGCAGGCCACCAUCGAUGCCCUGCAGCGGGCCGCGGAGCAGAGGGAGUCACAUCUCUCCCAGCUGACGUCCAACCUGGAGGAGGCUCAAAAGAAACUAGCCUCUUUGGAGUCGGAGAAAGAUGACGCCCAAGUGGAGAACGCCGGGCUGCUGGAGAACUACGCCCGCUUGCAGGCCUCCGUGGAGGAGCUCCAAACGCGGGUGCAGGAUCAGGAAGGGAAGGCUCUGCAUAAAGUCCACCUGGACCACGAGAUCAAAGUGCUGCGGAAAGACCUCGCAGCCGCAGAAAAAGAAAAUGAGAGACUAAAGAGCCUACUAGAGGCAGGAGCAAAGGAGGAAGUUGAGCAUGCGGAUAUCUUGGAACUGAACACCAUCAUCGGCACGCUGAGAGAAGAGAAGGAGGCCCUUCAGCGGGACACGGUCAAUCUACAGCAGCGGCUGAACCAACAAACUGAAAAAGGAGGCCCGCCCGCCGAAUCGGAGACACUUGAAGCCCUCAAGGAGGCGCUGGAGGAACGAGAAGAGACCUUGAAGGCCACACAGGAGGAACGCAACACCCUGAUGACUGAACUGGAGGAACUGGACCGGCAAAACCAGGAAGCGACACAGCAUAUGAUUUCGAUGAAGGAGCAACUCUCACGGCAGCUAAAGGAGGCUCAGGCCGAGCUCUCGAGACUGAGCUCCGAGCACGACGCUGCACGAGACCAGAAGACGGCGCUGGAACAGGAAGUGGAGACCCAGAAGGAGAAAAUGAGGCAAAGCGCGUUCACGCUCAACGACCUGCACAUGAGCAAGCAGCAACUGGAGGCCACCGUCUGGGAGUUGAAAGACAAACUGGCACAAGUUCAGGAGACGACUAAGGAGGCGCGCAGAGACACGGCGGAGCUGAAGAAGAGCUUGCAAGAGAGGGAGGAGCAGCUGCUCGCUGCGAAAGAAGAACUGAGUCGCGUGGAGAAGACUGGAACCGAGCCCAGGCGAGCUGCCGAUGAACUAGCGAGGAAGGAGCGAGAACUUUCAGACCUCCACAGAGAAGUGAGCGACAUGAGGAGCUCUCAGGAGAAAGCGAUGUCUGACGACUACCAGUUGAAGAUGGAGAACAGGAAAUUAAAGGAGGAACACCAGGAGGCUGUGAGUAAAGCAGAUGAUUUGAGCCUGCAGCUGAAGGAAAGUCAGGCCGCCGUGAGCAGGACGCUGCGCGAGAAGGACACCCGCAUCCAAGCCCUCAAACUGGAGAAAGAUCAGCUUGAGAGCGAACUGCAGCAGGCCGAGCGCUCGCUCUCGGAACAGGGCCGGCAGUACCAGCAGACCAUCGAGGAGCUGACCCGGGCCCGCUCCAUGGACGCCUCGGCUUUACAGAAGGAGCACGAGCGCGCCGUCAGACUCAACCAGGAGAAGGACAUGGAGAUAGCUCAGCUGCGGCGCGAUGCGGAGCAGCUAGCGUCCGACCACAGAGACACCAACGAGAUGCUCGCCAUCACUGUCGCCGGGCAGAAGCAGUUGACGGAUUUGCUCCAGGAGAAGGACGCGUACACCGAGACCGUGAAGCAAAACGCCGCGGACUUACAAGCGGAGCUUCAGAGGAACAUUUCAUCCACGAGGAAGGAGGCCGAGACGCUCCAGCUUGCGCUGGAGGAAAAGGACAAACAUCUCUCGGGGAUGAAGGAGGAGAACAGCCAUCUGAAAGAGGAGAUAGACCGGGUCCGCGAUCAGCAGAGCAGACCCCCAGCGCCUGCCGAGCCCCGCACGCUGGACAUCAUCACCGAGCUGGAGGCCGAGAUCGCCCAGCUCAAGUCCUCAAGGGGUUGCAUGGAGGAGGAGGCGCAGGCUCUUAGGCGAUGCCUGGAGGAGACACAAGCCUCUCUCCUGGGGUCUCAGAGCGAGCUGGAGCAGGCUCACGCUCGCCACCAGCAGACCACCCUCAACUACGACAGACUCGUCCGGGCCAGAGACGAAGAACUGGCUCGACUCCAGGAGACCGUGGACAGACUCGGCGAGAGUCCAGAUCCCGCCGUGACCACCACGGAGCCGGGAGACGUCAUACUCCAGGAGGACAAGACCCAGUCUCUAAACCAGGAGAACGGCACAGAGAAGCACGACCUCUCCAAGGUGGACCUCGAAAGACUAGUAAGGGGCAUGAAGGAGAAGGAGACAGAGAUUUGCCAGCUGAACGAGAAGAACCUGUCUCUGACCAGGCAGCUGGACCAGCUGGUGGUGUCCCGGGACGAAGUGGGUAAACUGUCUCAGAUGAUCCUGCAGAAGGAUCUCGAGAUCCAGGCACUCCAUGCGCGAGUCUCCAUGAGCGGCGGAGGCGGGCACAGUCAGGACGUACUCUUCCUCCAGCAGCAGCUGCAGGCGUACGCCGUGGAGAGGGAGCAAGUUCUCGCCGUGCUCAACGAGAAGACCCGGGAGAACAGCCAGCUGCGCUCGGACUAUCACCGUCUCAUGGACAUCAUGGCAGGGAAGGAGGCGGCGCUCCUGAAGCUGCAGCAGGAGAACCAGCGAUUGUCCAACAUGAGCGAUCCAUCAGGAAGCCAAGAGAUGUUCAAGGAGACCAUCCAGAACCUCUCGCGCAUCAUCCGGGAGAAGGACAUUGAGAUCGACGCGCUGACUCAGAAGUGUCAAACGUUGGUGACCGUGCUGCAGUCCACAGGGGGCGAUUCCGGUUCUGGCGGGGUCAGCAGCAACCAGUUUGAGGAACUGCUGAAGGAGCGCGACACCCUCAAGCAGCAGGUGAAGAAAAUGGAGGAGUGGAAGCAGCAGGUGAUCACCACGGUCAAGAACAUGCAGCACGAGUCGGCGCAGCUGCAGGAGGAGCUGAUCAAGCUCCAGGCUCAGGUGUCGGCUGACGGGGACUCCAGCUCUAAGCUCUCGGUGGACUACACCAGACUGGUCCAGAGCUACGAGCACAAGGAGCAGCGACUUGGCAGCCUGAGUCUAGAACUAGCUCAGGUCCAGCAGGCCCUCAGCCAGCUCAGCGGCACCAAGGACCUCCUGUUGGCACGUCUAGACCUUGUGGCACCAUCCCCGGACGCCGGAGCUGCUCCGUCGAGCGAGGAAGUUCCUCCAGGCCACCAGGCCACGACACCGCCGGAAGAGCUGGCAUCUCUUCAAGCUCAGCUGGCCGAAAGGGAGAGCCUGAUCAGAACUCUUCAGGAGAACAAUCACCGCCUCUCCUGCUCGGCGUCCUCCUCCCAGAGUGAGCAGAGGAGCCAUGCCGCCGAGGUGCAGCAGAUCCGAGCCACCCUGGAGGCCCUGCAGAGGUCCGUCAGGGACAAGGACCUACUCAUCAAGAGCAGAGGAGACCAGCUGGCUCAAGUCAGCGAAGUCCUCCGCAACCGCGAGAACGACAACGAGGUGCUGAAGCAGGCCGUCACAAAUCUAAAAGAGCGCUCCCUCAUCCUGGAGAUGGACGCGAAGAAACUGAAGGAGGAGAACGAGCUGGUGGCGGCGCGCUCCCGGGAGAAGGAGUCCGAGUUCAGGGCGCUGCAGGAGACCAACAUGCAGGUGUCGCUGCUGCUGCGGGAGCGGGAGUUUGAGCUGAGCGCCGUGAGGGACAAAGCUGCCACUCUGGAGAAGAUGCUGAAAGACAAAGAGCAGGGGAAAUCCGGCGAGCUCAAUCAGCUCCUGAAUGAAAUCAAGUCCAUGCAGGAGAAAGCUGUGGCCUUCCAGCAGGAGAGGGAUCAGGUGAUGAUGGCGCUCAAGCAGAAGCAAAUGGAGACCACCGCUUUACAGGCCGAGCUACAGCACACGAGAGAUAAAGAACAGCGCCUCAACCUGGAGCUGGAGAGGUUGCGCAAUCACCUCCUGGAGAUUGAGGACUCGUACACGAGAGAAGCCCUGGCCGCAGAAGACCGCGAGACGGAGCUGCGGAGGCGAGUGGCCCUGCUGGAGGAGCGACUGGCCACAUCCUCCAGUGCGGUGGAGAGCGCCAGCCAGCAGGCCAGCAUGCAAGUGGAGUCCCUGCAGGAGCAGCUAAGCGGCGUGCUCAAGCAAAGGGACGACGCACUCAUCCAGCUCCGGACCUCCCAGGAGCAGGUGGCGCAGUAUGCAAUGUCACUGUCCAACCUGCAGAUGGUGCUAGAGCAGUUCCAGCAAGAGGAGAAAGCCAUGUACUCGGCAGAGCUGGACAAGCUCAGCAGAGAAAGGGAGGAGUGGAAAAAGAAAGCAGACAAGCUUGAAGACCGAGCGUCUGCUCUUCAGCUGAACCUGGACGAGGCCAACGCCGCUCUAGACUCGGCGUCUCGCCUCACGGAUCAGCUGGAUCUGAAGGAGGAGCAAGUCGAAGACUUGAACAAGCAGGUGGCUGUUCGGCAAGAGAUGUUGGAGGAGGCCCAGAAGAAGCUGAUGCAUCUCCUCAACAGCACAGAGGGAAAGAUUGACAAGGUCCUGAUGCGUAACCUCUUCUUGGGCUACUUCCACACGCCGAAAACCAAGCGCAUGGACGUGCUGAGGCUGAUGGGCAGCGUUCUCGGGCUGAGCAGAGAGGACGUGGAGAAGAUGCUGGAGGAGGACGCAGCUCGCAGUGUCAGCGGCUGGGUGUCCAGCUGGUUGGGAGGCCGAGGAGCUCAGAGCGUCCCCAACACCCCCCAGAGGCCCACCAGCGGCCACAGCUUCAACUCGUCCUUCUCUGAGAUGUUUGUCAGGUUCCUGGAGACGGAGUCCACGCCCUCGCUACCCGCACCAAAGCUUCCUCUCCAUGACAUCAAACCCUUAGGCCCCCCGCCUGGUGGGAGAACCAGCAGCAGCGCCUCAGCACCAAGCAAGCGGGCUACGGACUCCAACCCUUUCCUGGCUCCACGCUCCGCCGCCGUACCCCUUCUGGGUGGCCCCGGCGGCCCGGGAGGUCACCUGCUGAUGAAGCCGAUCUCGGACGCAUUGCCCACAUUCACGCCCGUGCCCGUGGCGGCCGAGGCCAGCGGCGGCGCCGUGCUUAAGGACCUACUGAAGCAGUGAAGACGAAGAAGACGUAAAGCUCCAUUUUAGUUCACACCUCAAAGCACACGCUCCGUUCUUCACCGAUUUAAGCCCCUCCCUUCCUUUGUCAACCAAAGUGACCUUGUGAGCGCUUGCUUCAAGGAAAAGUACACUUUUGGAGGGAAUUUGCCCAUCAUCCACAAUCCUUAUGUGAGACUUGAACAUACAUGUCUCUUUUUCCGUGCCUUCCAAAGAUAUAAAAAGGGGCAGCUAAUCCAUUAUUCCACUAUCAAAACACCCCCAACACGGAUUGGUGGUUGUCUAUGUGUGCUGUGUGCAUUAUGUAAUAUGUACAUUCAUUCAUUUUCUACCGCUUUUCCUCACAAGGGUCGCGGGGGGUGCUGGAGC